CGAGCAAAGGAUCGCAUAGCGAGCAUUUGAGAAUAGGGAUAUAUUUUCUCUCUUUUUGUGUUGUAGCCUUUCCUGAUGCCAAAAACUCGUUCCAGCAUUCGAGUACAUUCCUUCGUGCUGUGAGCACGGUGUGUGUUUUCGUGUCGAGUGUUAUUGUGACAACAACAACAACAAAAACAUGGUGAACAAAACUACCCAAGCCACCAAGUUCAAGCGGAUUAAAAUACCGAUUGAAGUUAAAAAGGAGAUUAUCGAAAAGCGUGAGAGAGGCGUAAGCGUGGUGGAGCUAGCGCGCGAGUACAAUCGCAACACGUCAACGAUUUGCUGCAUUCUUAAGAACAGAGAGCAGCUGAAGGCCAGCACCGUGGCGAGGGGAGUAUCGCGACAUUCGCGCUCGAAACUGAUCGACGAAGUCGAACGAUUGCUGCUGAUUUGGAUCGAUGGAAAGCAGCGACAAGGCGAGCAGUUAACGCAGAACACCAUCUGCGAGAAGGCGAUGCGUAUCUACGGCGACAUCGUGGCGGGCGGAGCAGGGCAGGCUUCCACAGCGACCGGCAGAGCAAACGAAACGUUCAAGGCGAGCAACGGGUGGCUCGAGCGUUUCAAGAAGCGUACCGGAAUUCACAGCAUUUUCCGGCAGGGUGAAGCUUCUCGGGCGGCGAACGAUUUCGUCGCUGCGUUUAACAAGCUGGUGCGCACGGAAGGGUUCCUGCCGCAGCAGAUUUUCCAUUGCGUCGAAACGGAGCUGUUUUGCCGCCAAGGUGCCAGCGGUACGGUACAGCAAGCGGCUGAACAAAAGUGCACACCUUCCGCGUCGGUGCAAGGCCGGCAGACGCUGCUACUGUGUGCCAAUGCAUGUGGUGAUUUGAAGAUCAAACCGUUGCUCGUUUCCCACACCAGCAGCAAUGGACCGCCGCGCGCAUUUCAAUCCAAUUCCGGCCAGCUGAAUCCACUGGACGUAUUGUGGCGAGCGGACAAGCAAGCGUUGGUUUCGGGCGAUAUGUUUGACGAAUGGAUUAGCGGUGCCUUCAUGCCCAGCGUGACCAACUAUUUCCAGGAAAAGAAACUUCCCCUCCGGGCGCUACUCGUCGUGGACAGUGCAUACGGUCGGUGCGUCGAAACGCUGGACGACAUCCUGCCUCGAGAUGGUCUGCUCCUUAAGGUACAGGUGCUUCCUCCCGAAACGGCAAAAGUGCUACAGCCAAUGGACCAGUGCGUGAUUCGUCUGUUUCAAAAGCACUACCUAAAGCAGCUACUGGUGCAUUGCCUUGACGUUACGCAUGGCACGCAUCUAUCGAUGGAAGAAUUCUGGGCCCUGCACUUCCAUACCCGGACGUGCGCUAAAAUGAUCGGGAAGGCUUGGGCAGCCAUUUCGGCGGGAACGUUAAGUACUGGAUGGAAGCGGCUUCUACCCAGUACGCAAUGUGAGACGAUCACCCCCGAUACCGGCUCCACCAGGGAACCAACGAUGGAUCAGCUCUCUACGCUCGCAAGCUGUCUGGGGCUGGAAAUAGGAAGCAUCGAUAUCGAUGGGCUGCUCGCGGAACACGAUGAGGCGGAUCCAUCAACCGAGCAGCUGCAGAAAAUGCUGAAAGCUGAAGCGAGUAAAAAAAUGGCUGCUGCACCAGCGGCACAGAUCACUGCCCCCCCGUCAAUCGAAGACAUUUGGGCGGUGAUAAACGCAUGGGAUAGUAUUGCCCCGUACGUACGCAAACAUCAUCCGGACGUGGCGUUGGCUGCGCGCGCGAACGCAUCGUACGAGUCGGAUGUUAUUGCGCACUUUCGGGCAAUAGUAAAACAACCACAAAAGCAAUCAAAAAGAACUGGUACUGCAAAGUAAAGAAAAUAAUGCACAUACACUAAUAAAUAAUAAAUACGAAUAAGUUUAAUCUUGAACCCCUUCCGGCAUUUAAUUGUUUUAAUGGCGGACACAAUUCUAGACGAUCUUUUGCAGUAUCUGGUUUGGACCAAUGCGAGCAUCCACACGAUGCCCACGGACCUAUCCAUUCCCGAAUGCAAAGCCGAUAGCACACGGUUAUAUGUUCACCAUUAACGCAAGAGGGAUAGGCUUAUACCACAAACGUACCCGCAAGGUAUGCAUGCUUUACUCAUCAGGAUCUAAAGGCAAGGACAAGGCAAGAGAGGCACAGAAAAGACCUCCUCACGGCUACAUAUGUCCUCUAGAUGCGUUGUCUAUAGGUUUAUAGGUCCAACAAUAAACCAAUAUAUCGUCAGCAGGGAACUUAUUUAACUUUCUAUUGUUAGAAAUUCUUAUCAAUGAACCUAUCCAUAACAUCUUUAGAGAAUUAUGGUAGUUCUAUUACAAUCAAGAUGAAGAAAAAGUAUUUUCGCACUGCGAAAAAUCUAAUCUCCAAGUCAAAUAGCUCAACGAAAAAUUGAAUAAGUGAAUUCGGUUCUUGGUCAUGAUCAAGAGAAAGUUUUUUUGGACAACGAUAAUAAUCCAGAAGAUGUAAAGAAUGAGAAUACUUCGAGCAGCGUUAAACGACUGUACAAUAUCGUAAAUGCAUAAGUGUAAUUAAUGGAAUUUUACCAGGUAUCCUUUCCGGCUGAUGAAUUCGUUUUUCUAACGGCCGGGCUACAUUAACCGUACUCCGUAGUGUAAUUUUGAUAUUCACUAGCGCAUCUAGCGGAAGCUGGUGGAAGCUUUUUUUGGUCG